AUGCAAUUCCUCAUCCCCCUUACAACGCUCCUCGCCCUAGGCUCCGCCCUUAUCAUUCCGGAGUUCGAGACUACUCCAGCCAACUCCACCGUCAACCUCGAGCGCCGUAUGAAGUCGAUGAACGGCAAAUGCGUUCGAGGCGAUGCCACCCAGGAGGCCGCCUGCAAGGUCCCCAAGGGGCAACACUCGGCCUAUGCCUGCCGCAAUAGCAACUGCAAGGGUAAGAUGGGCGCCAAGUGCGUAAUUGCACCUGCUGAGCAUGGAGAAUGGGUCGCUAAAUGUCCAGUCAACCUCCUUCCCUACGAGUGGGACUGGCCGUGGCACCCAUGA